GAUAGUCACAACUGUAGCCCACGAGCGCGCUACAUCCAGGCAGCAAACAACAGAUUGUCUGCGAGAACAAGACCUCAGUAGAUGGUGGAAUGCGUAUCUGAGAAUUUACAGGAACGCACUGGACCAUAUGUUCAGAAAGUGGGAUUUUUGAGUUCUGCGUCCAUCUCGCUUCAGUAGAAUCUCCUUGACAGCUCUAGAAGUGCCGCUUUACUCCUCUAUCAUGGCCUCCACACCUCCACCCCUCAUGAAGAAGCACAGUCAGACAGACCUGGUGAGUCGCCUCAAGUCCCGCAAGGUCCUGGGUGUCGGAGGAGAGGACGAUGAUGGAGAGGUGCACAGGUCAAAGAUCAGCCAGAUGUUGGGCAAUGAGAUAAAGUUUGCUGUUCGUGAGCCCAUUGGCCUUCGGCUUUGGCUUCUCGUCUCUGCUGUGCUGUUCACAUCAACAUCCUUAAUGGCUUUGGCUUUCCCCAACCAGUUCUAUGAGAUCAUAUUUGAGCUCACCACCACCAGGGUCUCCAUCAGACUCUACGGAGGAGCCCUUCUAUGCAUCUCAUUAAUCCUGUGGAAUGGCUUGUACACGGCGGAAAAGGUCAUCAUUCAGUGGACGCUGCUAACAGAAGCAUGUUACUUCGGGGUACAGUUUCUAGUGACGUCCAUCACCCUGUUGGAGAUGGGCAUCUUGUCCAACAGUGCAGUUGUUCUUCUUCUCAUUGAAGCUUCCUUCCUCUUCAUCACCUUGAGUUACUAUCAUUACCUCGGCCGACGCCCUAAGAAGAUCUGAUGGAGUUUGAUCACCGAUUUGGCAGAGUCUGUUAGAUGUGUGGCUUGGCACCACUGAAUGCUUUGAAUACAGUAGCAUCACUGCCUGGACCAAACGAAUUUACACUUGACUGAAAAUCAGCCUCUGUUUGUGAGCAGUUUUCCCUUUUAUGUAAGUACAGCAUUUGGGUGUUUACUCUCAUUGGCUAACGAGGACCAGAGAAUCACGACUGUUGUUUUAGUUACCUUGUUCACGUAAGUGUCUUUCGUUAUCUGACCUGUUUGUAAAAAGCCUUUUCUGAGAGCAUAUUGAAUGGAGAGUAGAUUUAUUGCACAUGUCAGAGAAUCCUGUCUCCCAAAUGUAUCACAUUGUUUUGGGAAGUUGCCCACAGUUCAGGUUGUAUAAUGUAAGAGUUUGUGAAAUUCCUGAAUGUGGUGUGGCUUUCCGCGACACAAAAAUUGGUUUAUUUAUUUAUUUUUAGUUGUCAGGCACAAGCGUAGACACAGCGUAGCACAGAAUAUAUGUUAAAAAUGCAAGAAAAAGUGUAAACCAAGGAAUUUCAUACAAUUCAAAUGUGUUUUAGGAGAAAUAGAGUGGUUACAUUUACAUUACUAAGAUUUUAAAUGGAUUAUUUUGUUCAUUUUAUUAUAAAGUGGGAAUUAAAAUUCCAAAGUGAGGUCUGCAGAUAUACUGUUGUGGAAUUUAGACUCCCAGCAGUACAUAUUGUCAUAUGGUAAGGAAUAAUGGAUGUAGUAUUAAAUACAAUUUAAUGUGUGUAUUUCAGAAAGUAUCUCAUUAACUUUGACUGUCUGUAGCAAAGUCAGCUCUGUGUUUUUUUAAACAAGAAAAUUCCACAGUAUACAGUAUACCUAAUGGACAGUUUUCUAACAGUUACUACAGUGAAUAGUGUUGUUUAUUAACUAGUCCCCUUUAAUUGUAGAUUUAAAACAUUAAGAAGAAUAAAUUAGUUGUCAAAUUUAUUUUUGGUUAUGCUUUAUUUUACAGUGUCUUUGUUACAGGGGAGUAUACCCAUGGGUCCAACCAAAUUUUUUUGUUAUUUCUGUGCAAGGUUUGUCAAAAAUCUUUGGAUUUAUGUGUAUUUUUGAUGGUAUAGGAGCUGAAACGUAAUAAUAAAAAUUUCUUUCACUUUUAAGGUUUAAAAUGCAAAUAGAAUAAGAAUGGCUUGUUUGGUAAACAAAGCUACAGUAAGUCUCUGAUGUAACCCAUCCAC